UUCCUUUUAUCCUUUUUGCGCUUAUAUUUUUAACAUACGCGUAUGAUCUACCGACUUACUAGGGAAUUUCUUGUGUGUGACUCCCAGGGAAAAUACACAUGUCACUGUUGUUUUACUUAUAAAUGAAGCAGUUGUUGCUUCCUAUGAAACAAAAGUGAAUGGCAACUGGCUUGCUUUAGUAUUAUGUAUCUCCGUCUUUCGAAUCCUUUGUUGUGAUUGAAUCGAGCUGUCCAGAGACGGUGAAAUUGCAGAAAACCAAUAUUUUCUCUUUUCUUUUCCUUAUUGCUUUCAUCAAUUUGUUCAGAUUGGAGCAUAUCUUUCAAAUGGUCCAACAAUACAUACAUCCAAAUCCAGUGGCUAGGAAUGACCUGGUGGGCCUGGGUUAUCAUUUUUCUGACCUUUUUUAAUGGUAGUUGUGUACGUGGACGCCCUGUUUGCCUCCAAUUAGGAAUUGUUGAUGGACGGAAAGAGGAAAAAGAAAACACAAAAAGAGAAAAAGAUAAGAAACAGAAAACAAAGCAAUGGCCGUUACACUUGGAAGAGGCUUCCUUGUUCAGCCUUGCUACUCAUCCUUCUUUCCUAACAAAAUAUACAAACCCUCAUUGGGUGCAGGAAGCUCAUUUUGGUCAACUCCUGCCCCUCGACGCUAUGGACAGAUUGCAGUUCAAGCCCAGCGGCGGCCAACUUGGCUCCCUGGACUUGACCCUCCGCCCUAUCUGGAUGGAACUUUGGCCGGAGAUUAUGGGUUUGACCCACUUGGGCUUGGAGAAGACCCAGAGAGUUUGAAGUGGUACGUUCAGGCAGAGUUGGUCCAUGCUCGCUUUGCAAUGGCUGGAGCUGCUGGAAUUCUUUUCACUGAUUUACUACGCGUUACAGGGAUCCGCAACUUACCAGUUUGGUAUGAAGCUGGUGCAGUGAAAUUUGAAUUUGCCAGCACAAGAACUUUGUUAAUUGUCCAGUUGCUUUUGAUGGGGUUUGUUGAAACUAAAAGGUACAUGGAUUUCGUUAGUCCAGGUUCUCAAGCCAAAGAGGGAUCUUUCUUCGGAUUGGAAGCCUCACUAGAAGGUUUAGAACCUGGCUACCCUGGAGGUCCUCUGUUAAACCCUCUUGGUCUGGCUAAAGAUAUUAAAAAUGCUCAUGAGUGGAAGCUUAAAGAGAUAAAAAAUGGACGACUGGCAAUGAUAGCCAUGCUCGGCAUCUUUGUGCAAGCUCAUGUCACUCAUGCAGGUCCAAUUGAUAACCUUAUGGAGCACCUUUCAAAUCCAUGGCAAAAAACUAUUAUUCAAACCCUUGCUAACUCUAGUUCUUGAAUGUAAAAGGUGGGCCUUUUUCAACUUUGUCAUUGGCUUUAGUAGGAUGAAACAUUACUCUUUGUUUAUAUGCUGUAUGCAAACGAAGAUUUAUGAUACACAGUUCAGAGAUGGUGAAAAUGACAUCCAAAUGCCUAUCAUUAUCUGAGAUCAGGCGUAAAAUUCUUAUGGCUUAAGAAAUUGUUGUAAAAUUCAUACCUUUUGUUAUUCAUUUUGUUUUGUUAGUUAGAAUCCAUACAAUUUCAU